ACAUGAUUUCUCGCGUUGCCGUGUACCAGUAGUACAGGCGUGGUUCCCAGGCAAGAUGAAGCCCUUGGUAAAGAUGAAGUCCAUCUUGGAGGAACAGAGUGAUGCCGCGAGGGGCAGACGGCAGAGCGCGCAGAGUGCGCAGAAACGAAGAGCAGACAAAAUGGUUACAAAUAAGCGAGCUUGGCUGGCGUUGAAAAACGCACUCUGGUGGUGCUUGACAUCAGUCUUCCAUCUGUGGAACCUCAACCCCGUGAGCAUCAUCAGACGACGUCAUGCUAAACUCUACUACAUGGCUACAGACGACAACGCCGUCGCUAGACCGAGAUGGACCGAUGUCAUUUGUAAUAUCAUUUUAUCAGAUGCAAAACGUAAAGCCGUACUGCUGAAAUGGGUUCAAGGAAUGACCGGAGGGGUUGUCAUCGACAACUUCACAGACAGUUGGCAUGACGGGAUAGCACUGUGCUCCCUGUUAGAGGGUGUGUCGCCGGGUUUCUGUCCGCAGCUAAAGAAGCUGAAGUCGGAAUACAGCAAAAGCAACUGUCAGCUUGGAAUCAAGAUGGCGCAGAAGUAUCUAUCAAUGCAGAAGAUGUUCAUAAGUCCGGACAUAAUGGCCACAGCUAGGCCAGAAACAGAGAAAUUCAUCCUGCACCUGGUACAGUUGAUAAAAUGGCGGCAUCAAAGACGUCUGAAGUCGAAGACAACUCACGAGAACUCUUCUGCCAAAGAAAAUGCAAAACACAACGUCUACGAGGCACGCGGGCAUGGCCUUACCACGGCUGUUGUCGGGAAAAGAGCGACAUUCACUAUAUUCACGGAAAACAACGACUCGUUGGAUUUGAAUAUUGAAAUACGUGGCCCGAAUAACGAAAGAAACUGCGAAAAGAUAACGAAGAUAUCACCGAAUGAUAUAAGAACGUGCAGUGUAUACAGACUGGAGGAGGACGCGCGUUCCAAACACAUGGACCGUCAGACGUCGUUCCACUAUAUGGAGGACACGCUUGGUAACACCGUGGUCCGACAGAGAAGUCUCGAGGACGAUGUGAUGAACAUCAUCCCUUUCGACUAUCAGUUCAUUGACGACCAGAGCUUUGUCGUGGCUUAUGUUCCCAGCAGUAUUGGCACAUACGUGAUAGACAUCUUCUCGAGUGGAGAGAGUAUACAAGGGAGUCCGUUUGAGGUGACGGUUACCAAUACGAUGACCUCGUGGGACAAAGUGUCAAAGAAGAAACUGCUGAUGCUCAACAGAAGGACGUACGUGGAGGAAGUGGAUCGUGAUGAUGAGGAUCUACAUGGUGGCGCUUUCGCAGAAGGACGCGCUUCCAAGCUAGACCAACCGAGACUAUUGCGGCAAUACACCGUGACAAAGAGGCGGGUGAUCAAAAGGAUGAUAACGAGAAAUGGACAGGAGAUCGUGAUAACGGACCACAAUUCAACUCCGGGAACCUCGAGAGGCAGCAGCGUGGAUCUGGACCAUCAUGACUCGGAUUGGAACAGGAAACAGAAAGGCUCGAGGGCGCAGUCGCAAAUCAUACCGCGUGACGACUCCAACAACAAAGCACAGUGCAAGGGAAGUGCGAACUGUUUAGUGGCAAGACCGUUUUCUCCAGACACCGUUAGCCUCUGCAGCUUCAGCCGGAGAAGCAGUGGCGGUCUGUCCGACAGUAACACCAGCUCGUCGAGUGAUCGUCAUGGGGACGUGAAUAAUACCGAGAGCAAUGCAGAAAUCGCAAAGGUGAUAGAGAUGACAAACACGUCUGAUCAGACUAGAUGUAAGAGACCAGCACAAGACGAUAACAACACAAUGGCGUCAACUUCUACGAGCUCACACUUUGAGCAACAACAAAAUGAUCAUCGGUUUGCAUUGCAGAGAGCUGUGACGUUCAGUUUCGGAUCAAAGCCAGCUGAAAGGAACCCAUUUACAAGGUUUUCUGAAGAUAGCUCGCCGAAGGUCUCAUUUCUAAGUGCUGACACAGAGGCUGGGGUUAAUGAUGCACCAUCUGAUCAUCAAAAAACACAAUCAAACAAAACAGAACAUACCGAAUUAGAUCUUACUGAAAAUAAUCACAAACGUUUGCAUGAUGAUAACCAAUGGUUUGAGAAAGCCGCAAGUCAUCCUACCCAUUCGAUCCUGCAUUCUGCACUAGUUGACGAAAACAUGAGAAAUAAAACGCAAGCUGUUGAGAACGUUUCACCGUCAGCAAAGCCGAAGGAUCAGUGCACAAAGUUACAAAUAAGAGAAGAUUCGAAAUGCAACGAUGGCUUAGUGGUUAUACAGGAGCAGAUUGGUGACAUCAACGAGAAGAGACCGCCACACGCCAGUAACCAUUCCAGUAGCAAUGACAAACACUCGGAAUUCAAGUGGAGUAAACCUAAAUGGGCAGUAGACAAGUGGACGCAAGUGACAUCAGACGAAAUCAAGAAUGAAACCAAAUGGGGCAGGCGGGUAGUUAGAAGAAGACGAAGAAUCCCUUGCUCGUCUGAAGAAGACAUGGCCAGGAAAAUAAAGGACUACCAUUUGAAACGUGCGACGAAGAAGAAUGAACGCCAGGUUCCAGACGAAAAGGUUUCCCAUGUACAGAGAAUCGAAACGAGCAGAGAGUUUGGUAUUAACAAGACAUUAUCUGAACAACCGACGUGUCGAGUUCAACGCUGGCUUCAAAACAGUCAGUCACAUGGAGCCAUGCGGCCUGCCAGACAGUUAACGGACGACAGUGGGAUAUCAGAUGAAACUGCAGGAUUGAAUCAACUCUUUAAAACACACCUCAGUAACACGAGACCGACCAUGCAAGCGGGGACGACGAAUCAACAGAUAAGGACAGACUCCACCAUACUACCAAAACAUGGGACUCAGAACGACGAGCAUUCUGCUAGUGGGAUACCGAGUGAAUCGUUGACGAAUGUUCGCCCGAAGGAGACCGGAACUGGAUCGAGUGGGUCCGUGUGUGUCUCAGAUUCGGAACUGCAAUGUGCGCCGUCCAUUCUCAAACAGAAACGGAAACUCUUUGCAAAGACAAAAUUCAUGCGGCAAGAUGUCGAAAACCUGGACCAUGAUGUGAUAAGCAGAAUACCGAAGAUCAGACAUUCGCCAAGUGCUGCUGCCCCUUAUUUCCUGAGACAAAGACAUGCAUGUAUGAAGUCCAAGGGUCACAGUUUGCCAAACCCGUCUGCCAAAUUACAUAAAGAAAGUGAACAUAAAAUCAAAUCGUAUUUUGUACCAGAUUCUGAAUUGAUGAUUAAAAACCCCUGUGUGAAAAACAUUCAAAACCUGCCCUGUGAUUACGCCGAAAGCAAACACCAAAUAGUUCCAGAUAAUGCAAGCCAUUUGCAACAUGUACCAAAUGACGGCGUACUGGAACAUCGGCUUGUACAAAAUAAAUGUCUAGUGAUACGUACUGGAAACAUUCCUCUUAAUGAGAGUCUGCCAUCUGCUUUGUCUACGCCUGAAGAAGGUUACGAUGGAUUUGGUGUCCUGGCAGAACAACGACACGAAUUUCUGAAUGAAAUCAGAUCAUUUCAGGAUCUCGCCCUUUCCAAUGACACCACAAAUCUAGACAGCCAGAUCAGCAGCAACCCAAUGCUAGUAAACCAUAAUAGAGGAAACAUAGUGGUAUGUGAAACACCCAAAGAAACGAAAAUCAAACCAGUGUCACAUCUAGAACUCGAAUCUGAUAUUAUAGCAGAACUGGUUAAGAUUUCGCCAAACCAAGCUGAUGCAACUGAAUCUGGCAAACCGGCUCUAGUUCACGUGUUUGGAUUUUCUGGACAAGACAUUUCAGUUGACACAGAUACAAGUUUUCCAGAUGAUAUGCUAGAUAAAACAGAUGAGGAUAUUCACGGUUACGCCACGGAGGAUGAUUAUUGGGCUAGUUCAGAAAUUUCCGAAGGUUGUGUCGCCUCUGGUUUCGGUCUGAAGUACGGUUACGUCGGGAUACAAAACAAUUUUCAGGUAUGGGUGGAAGAUCCGGAUGUAGGAAAUCUAAUGGUCGGGGUGCGCGGGCCACGCCCACACUGCGUGACAGAGACGUCUACGACGUACACGGGAGACAACCUGUACGAGGUCACGUACUCGGUCACCAUGCCCGGACUGUACCUCGUCUUCAUCAAGUGGAACAACUCGCCGCUACACAACAGUCCGUUCAUUGUGAAAAUAGCAUGCGUCGAUGAUGAACACAUUGACGAUGAUUGACACGCUCAAUGUAUG